AUCGACAUCGGAAUGUAAGCAUGUUGGUAGCGCUGUAUUGGACCAGUUGUAUGCUGUGGUGCUGAAGAUGUCGUCAGCUAUCAAUGACUUGACUAAAACGAUUAACAACAUGUCGUCCGCCAUUACGAACUUGAAUGUUAAUGUUAACCAAUUGCUUUCAAAGUCUAAUGAGCGCGAAAGACCGCAUGAAUUCGAUUGCGGACUGUCAAGUCAGCAGUUCCCUUUGUCAUCUGAAGAGGAACUACAGAUGCUAGACACUGGUUUGUCGCAGAAAGAAACCAGGGACAGAUUUAUGGCAAUGGUCACUAGGUUAUCAGGUGACGAUCCAAAAACGUCCAUGCGUUUUAUUCUGUCGCAUCUGCUGACACCGGAGGUUGCCAGUAAAUUCACGUUACUUGGCACCUCUUCUAAACGAGCACUACAUAAAUGCACGUUUUACAGCUGCAUACGAAGUAACCUAUAUCUAUUACUUAAACUUCAGGUGCCUUAACUCAUCGUUUUUUGUCAUCCUCUGUAAAUGAGAAAGACCUUGGUAAGCUAUACGACAUAGCGACACAAGGUUACUUUCACGACCUCCGAGACAAGAUGAUUAAACGAAAUAGAAGAAAAGAAAAUCAAUUACAGUCAACAAUACUGACGAACAUAACCAAUUCACAGGACGACUACCCCAAUUGUGAUUAGUCCGAGCAAAUGCUUUGAUGUUGUACCUCGAUUUCAAUAAACAUUAUUCAUUCAAACAGCUUACUCUUUUACGUACAUGGGAAACUGUUGAAGUGUUGAGAAUGUGUGUUUGAGUUUCAGUGAACUAUUGAUUAAAUGCACAUUUCUUAUGAAUACAUUAUAACCUGUUCGUUCUUUUUCAGAUAAUUUCAAAUAACAAUGGUAUUAGCAAUUGCAUUGGAUAUGCAUAACAAUCGAUGCUUCACCUUGUGCUCUACUGUUGUACAAUAAUACGCUUUUCUUUUUCAAUAAAAUUUUUGAAAUA